CGUUACGCUGUCACAUUCAGGCACACGAUUAGAUUUUCGAAAAAUGAUUAAAUUAUCUUAAAUUGUACUCAAUAGCGCGAAUUUCGCAAUAUGGACAAUGCGGAGGAAAUCAACGACGAGAGCGACAAAGACGUGAAUCUAUCUGGUUCCGGAAGCUCGGGGUAUUUUAUGAGAUCGAAACGAAGGAAAUUAGAUAAGAACGAGGAUGAGUGCGUUGCCGAUUGUAAAACCGUCGAAAGGCGAAGGAAAACGCCGAUAUUGUACAUGCCGGUCGAAGUAUUACAGGCGAUAUUUAAAUAUAUCCCCCAUCACGAACUAAGCCAGAACGUUCGACUGGUGAACAACAGAUUCAAAAUAAUAGCGGAGGACGUGUUGAAUUGCUCGUUUCGAUAUCUCGACAAACGUCUGAACCAUUUAAUUCUAAUGACCGAUUUAUCGUUGUCGUAUACGCAGGACGAUAUGGAGAUGAAAUGCAUUGUCAAAUUGUUGAAUAUGUUGGAGAUACUGAAUUUGCAAUACUCAAUCAUCGUAUCGACGAUAUGGAGAUACGUUUACAAUUCUUUUUACAAAACUACCAAAAAGUGCAUGUACGCCGGACGUUUGAUCGACGAAUAUUUUAAUUUUAUAGACAAUUUUUUACACUGUCCGAACAUUUUGUACUCGCCGGCCGUCGUCAAGGAUUACGCGCUGCCGACCGUGGUUUCGAGUAUCAUGCAAUUAACCAAACAAUUUUGCAUCCAUUUCGACAAAAUCAGCGAGGAAACGAUGCCGGAUUGCCUCGUUUGCAGCGGAUGCAAGAUACUGGAUUUGGUGGAUUGCGCCAAAUACACGCAAAAACACGUCACUUCCGAAAUACACAGCUCAAAUUAUUUUAUAGCCGAGUACACUUACUACUUUCGAAACUCGUGGUUCAUCGCCAUACCCGUGCAAACGAGCAAAGACAUGGACUGGAACCAGAAGCAGAGGAUGAUGCACAUGCGUCUCAGGCGGCUGGUGCUGGCGCACAACGACAUGUUCCUGCAACUGGACCAGUACCAAAGGGAGGUGUCGCUUCGGCCGGAUCCCGCCGUUGGGAGGACCAAACGACCCGGGAAUAACGUAUACACCGGUUACGGGGACAUUGGCGAUACUUUUUUUUACUACGGCGUCAUGAACGACGGCGCCUACUUACAAAAGUUCCAACAAGGCAUAAACGAAGAGGAAGUGGAGUUGAGGGAACCGCACGAGGAUAAUCCGUUUCAAGCUGGUCACCUGGGCUUCAAGAUGCACGUGGACGUUAGAUGUCCGCUGUCGUACGCACCUUGGAAUUUUCUGAAGGGUCUGAGCGACGAUGAGUUGGAGAAGUUGGUGAAGAAACGGAAAACCUCCGGCCCCGUGCAAAUCAAGGUGACGUUUGAAUGCGAGGGGGCGGCGCGCGCCCGCCUUCCAACUCGAUACCAGUACUAUUUCAAUCCGAAAGAUCUGUGAUAAGAAUUAUAUUAAUUGGGUAAAAGGGCAAUGGAAGAAGACCUGUAACGCUCAACGCCAUCUGCUUACGUCACGCUCGAGUGUGCUUGCCCACAUUGAGCAAUCCUGGAGUUAUCUAAUAGCCUUCUUGUAAAAGGCCCCGUCUAUGGUUUUUUAUCCAAUAGAAUUUUUUUAUUUAACUUCACUAUUUUUUACGUCGAUUUUAAUUUUUACUAUUCCGAAUGCCACUUGAUUAUUAUUGUGCGAAUAAAUUUUAUUUAUAUUAAUAUUUUUUUUGUAAAACGUUUUUAAUUUUAAUUGUAAACUGAGAUUGGUGUGAGGG